GAAACGAAAACGAGCCAGUCAGCAUCUUGCGUUCGUGAGCGGAGGGUGUAUUGUUCGUUGCCCAGUGUCGAUAUUCACGCGUCAUUUGACAGUCGUAUUGUGGUCUAAUAAUGACAGUAGUGUACUGUGUUACGUAGUGGAUAAUCUAAUAUAUUUUUUUCCUUUAGGCCAGUGGCAUCGCCUUUUUAAAAUUAGACGUCAAACUUGACAUUCACACCUAUUAAGUCUAGUUAAUGUCUGUGUGCAAUGCUCACAAGUACUAGUUCGUGAGUGUAUCUGUGUGCGAUGGCUCGCUUGGCCCUAUUGGCCGUGUUGGUAUUAGCUCGUGCUGCCUGGGCCCAUUAUACGUCAACAUGGGCCGUGCACGUGCCUGGAGGCAGGGAGGCUGCGGAUGCCGUCGCUGCCGAUCACGGAUUCAUCAAUUUUGGAGAGAUAUUUGACAACCACUUUCACUUCCACCAUAACUCCGUGGCACGACGAUCUCUUACACCAGCCCAUGAUCAUCACGGGCGGCUAGAGACAGACUCUAGAGUGCGAUGGGCCAAACAACAGAAAAUACUAUCGAGGAAAAAAAGAGAUCUUAUAACAAUACCAGACAGCGUUUCAACAGCUGGAACUCAGUCUUCAUCUGGACCAUCCCCAUCUUCAGCGACGAAAAGAGAAGCCGGGUCGAAGAGGGAGCUCCAAAACACAAGAGUCAAGGGUCGGCCGCGAUCGACGGAUAUGAGAUUUGUGCUGAAUGAUCCAAAAUGGCCUCACAUGUGGUAUUUGAACCGCGGUGGUGGACUUGACAUGAACGUGAUACCAGCUUGGCGGGAAGGCGUGACAGGUCGAGGUGUCGUAGUUACAAUCCUUGACGAUGGACUGGAAACUGAUCAUCCAGAUAUAGUGUCGAAUUACGAUCCAAUGGCGUCAUAUGACGUAAAUUCACACGACUCAGACCCUCAACCACGGUAUGACAUGAUAGACUCCAACCGUCAUGGAACUAGAUGCGCCGGAGAAGUAGCUGCCACAGCUAACAACUCAUUAUGCGCUGUUGGUGUUGCGUAUGAAGCUAGUGUUGGUGGUGUCAGAAUGUUGGACGGGGAUGUGACUGACGCCGUUGAAGCUCGGUCAUUAAGUCUGAAUCCUCAACACGUUGAUAUCUACAGCGCGUCUUGGGGACCCGAUGAUGAUGGGAAGACUGUUGAUGGACCUGGAGAACUGGCAACAAGGGCAUUUAUUGAAGGUGUUAAUAAGGGUCGUAACGGCAAAGGGUCUAUAUUUGUUUGGGCUUCGGGUAACGGGGGCAGAGAGCACGACAACUGCAAUUGUGAUGGUUAUACAAACUCUAUCUGGACUUUGUCAAUAUCUUCGGCCACUGAACGAGGCGAGGUUCCGUGGUACUCAGAAAUGUGCAGUUCAACUCUUGCUGCGACUUACAGCAGUGGUGCUGUGCUGGAGAAGCAGGUGGUUACUACAGACCUGCAUCAUACAUGUACAACCAGCCACACGGGUACAUCAGCCUCUGCCCCGCUUGCUGCGGGAAUUUGUGCUUUAGCAUUACAAGCCAAUAAGGAACUCACGUGGAGGGAUAUGCAGCAUAUUGUUGUUCGAACAGCACGACCGGAACGUCUGAGCACCGGUGGUGAAUGGCGAGUGAACGGUGUCGGCCGGAAUGUUUCUCAUUCGUUCGGCUACGGGCUUCUCGAUGCGGCGGGCAUGGUACGACUUGCCAGGUCUUGGAAAACAGUACCUCCGCAACGAAGAUGUGAACUUGCCGCUUCAACGCCCCAAAGAGCUGUACCACCGAAGUCGUCAAUAUCUUUACGGUUGGACGUGAGCGCCUGCCCCGGGGUAAACUACCUAGAGCAUGUUCAAGCGCGAGUUUCGUUAUCGGCGACUCGUCGUGGUGACCUUCGUAUCACACUCACUUCGCCAGCUGGUACCCGGGUCACUUUACUGACGCCCAGACAGCAUGACUUGUCCCGCGCUGGGUUCAAUUCCUGGCCAUUCAUGUCAGUACAUAUGUGGGGCGAAUCACCCCUUGGCGAGUGGCUGCUUGAAGUUUCUAACGAGGGAAGAUUUAUGGGUCGAGCGACAUUACAAGACUGGUCAUUAACUUUCUACGGAACGAGCAUACCGGCUGCUAAAAACGAUCCGAUACCCUUCAGAAAUCCAAUAAUACGUAAGAGUAACGCGACGAGACCCGUCGUAGUGCAAGCGGGACGAAAGAACAAAGGGAAAACCAUCCCAAUAGUCCCCACCUACACGGUGGGAUUAGUGAAGCGAAAAAAGAAUAAGAACUCAAAGAAUCCCAACAGAAAUGCGCAGAAAUCAAAACAGAGCCGUCCGGCAACUCGAUCGCCGAUAGAAAGCUCGACAUUUCGAACGACCGCCCCAGAUUUGAGUAUGAAUUUGAGAGGAGAUCUGACGGAUCCCCUGGCUGACGCUAGAGGACGCAAGAUGUCAAGCCUGUUCGAGCAAUAUCCGAAAAUCCAGAGAAUAUAUCCGGCGCCGCUGCAAGCCAACGCGGGGCCAUUAAGUCAAUGGGAGCUAAUAUUCUACGGUACUGAAACGCCGCCGCAAGAUAACGACGCGUCUCCUGAAAGUCCCCAGUUUCCCGAUAUCCCGUCUUGGAGUGGAACAAAUGAAAAUAACCAUCUACCACCUGAACCAUCAGAGGAACCCAAACAUAACUCCAUAGAUGAUGACCUAGCUCUCGUCUGGCACGACUCACAUGCGAUACGGGAAGAAGAUCCAGGAAAUGGAAUGGCCGGAAGUGGGUGUGCCACACACGCCGUCCAAGCUCCACAUAGAUGUUUAGAAUGCGCGAAGGGUUUGCACUUGUACGACGGUCGAUGCUAUCAGACUUGUCCGGACGGUACAUACGCGGGGGAAAUACUGGAGCGCACUUCGAGGCGACGUAACCUUACAGCUUUGGAGGCUGGACCGCCUGUCAUUAAGCGACAGGGUGAUAACAAGCCGACAGCUUCGGAAGCCUUAGAUAUGGAACCGAAUACUAACGACACCGCUCCCCUGAUAUGCCUGUCUUGUCACUACACCUGUGCUACGUGCGUUGGCCCGCACAAUAGCCAAUGCUCUUCCUGCUUGGACGAUGCCCAAAUCGUCAACUUAACAGAUGCUGAACCUAAAUUUUAUUGCUACCCAAAUAUAAUCCUGCCUCAGCUAAAUGACGCAAACUGGCAAUACAAAGUUAAUGUGAUUCUCUCGAUAGUUCUCUUUAUUUGCGGUUUGUUCGUUUGUUAUGUACUAAGCACAUGUUGGAAGAAGAGGUAUGGUAGAAACAAUUAUAAUGAUAAUAUAAAGGUGGCGUAUAAAGAAUUGGCUGUAGAUGAAAAACAUCAAAGUGCUUUGGAUGUUGAAGAAGAGAUACACAAAGCUAUUAUUGACGGGAGUGAUAGUGAAUCGGACGAUGAUUUGCGUUUAUAGCACCUGUUGACUUUUAACCGUGAUUACUACGAAUUAAAUACUAAUUUAAGUGAGUAGUUUUAAAUGUUUGAGAUCACAGCAUUAAUACUCAGAACGUCAAUUUAAUGCCAUUGUUUUAAAAACGAUAGUUUUACUAAUUAGACCAAGCUAUUUACUCGGGUCUGCUUAUUUUAUCUCUUUACAAGUCUUUACAAUUUUUACUCUCCAUGUCAUUUAUUUGAAUUAGGAACUAUUUCGUAUCUUAUAUCUUUAUUACUAUAUUCAUAUUUGGAAUUUAACAAACGAAUUUAUUUAUGACAGGUACAUGUGAUUUUACACCGUCCACGAUACUAACACAUUCUAUUUGUUUUUCUCUAGUUUAUAACGUAUACUAAGUCAGUGAUGCAUAAUACUUAAUAAUAAUUUUGCUCAAGUGGCCAUUUAGGUAAGUAGGCUGAGCUCCGGUGUAAAUAAUUGUGUAUAUAAUAAAUCAGUUCCUAUUUUAAA